AUGUCUGCACCCGUGUCACCGGCCUCGCCAGCCCCUGCGCAGCCUGCGGGCGAUCCGUCCGUGUCGCCCGCGCCGCCGGCGGAGAAACCGGCAGUGCUUGCGGAAGAGGUUCCUGCCAAGCUGGAGCUGUCCUUGCCAACUUAUAGAGAUACAUUUCUGGCAUCCUCCAUUGGGAGCAUGUUCCUGUUCGCUGGGCUGAUAGCAUUCAGCAUCUCUGAAGCAUCCCUGCCAGGCGUGCGAAAGGAUUGGUGGUUUGUGCUCCUGUUCCGUAUGAUAGGUUGGGUCGCGCUCUACUUUAUUCCGGUGCAGUUGGUGGGCGUCGGCAACCUUCGCGGUUUCUGCCUGUGGGGCGUCGAACCUUCCAACGCCAGCCUGGUCUGCUGGAAGACGGCCAUGGGCCCCGAGAACUGCAAAGACAUGGCCGAGGAGAUGGGCCUCAACGGCAGGCGGGCCUUUGCAGGGUCUUGUUUCAUUGGCAUUGUCUUUCUGCUGCUUUGGACCAGUUUCUUUCUUGUGUACCUGGGCCCUGUCUACCAGCAUUGUGGUUUUAUCCUGGCAUAUGGUGUGGGACAUUUGCUGCUGAUUGCCAUUAGCGAGACCAUUGCACCACACUUUUUUCCGCCGCCCUUGGAUGAGCGGUACGCGCAGAAGAUGGGCCCUGCAACGUUGGGUCCGGCGAUCGUGGGUUUUUUCAUCUGCACUACGGGCUACAGUUGCUUGAAGCGCUUUGCAGCUGGCAGCUGGCUGGGAACCUUAAUGCCUGUUAUGCUGAGCGGCUAUGAACUGGGCAACCUGGUGAUAGUUCAACGCACCUUCUUAGCUGAGUUCGUGACAGAGAAGCCUGUCAGGCGCAAGUACCUCAUGAGCAACCAAGCUAUCUUGGUUUCGACACAGAUCUGCUUCGUUCAUUGCAUGGCAGAGGGUGCCCGAAUGACGUUGAUCUUGGCCGCCAUGUCGCAUGAAGGGAAUCAAAACUUUGAAUUUCUGGUGCCGAUUGUCAGCGGAAUGGUGUGGAACAUUGCUGUUCGCGCCGGCAUGCUGGACCGGGCCUUAGCCAUUGUGACCUGUGGAAGGCGCACGCCCACGCGCUGUAGCCUGCUGUUGCAGGAGGUCAAGUACUGCAUGGGUUAUCCCCGAUUCUUUGUGCUGCUGGCCGUCGUGUUGGCACGCGUUUGUGCCCGAAACCCUGUGCUGCCGUGUGAUCAUGAAAACAUGGGUCUAGCAGUUCUUGCGUUAUUUCUGGCUGAAGUCGUGGAAGAUUUGAUUAGCUAUUUGUUGGAGUGGCUGGACUUCAAAGUGCAUCCCAAACGACGGCAAGUGACCGAGGAGGAAUUCGAAAUGAUGGCCAGGGCACAAUUACGGUUUAGCCUGGGCAGCGAUGAAGCUUCGAUGUCUGCGGUGGUCCCCUCAGCCACCUGGGCUGCCCAUGUGAGAAGCGAAGACUUUAUCUCGACAAAAUCCGACAUGUCCCUCAAGGACAAAUGUUGGCGCUUGCGUCAGAGAUUCGCGUUCUCCUAUGGUGAACCUGAUUUGGGCAUCUUACCCUUUUGGGCGAACUUUUCCGCGGUCAUCAUCGCGCAGUUCCACACCCUGCUGUUCAUGAUUCUCCUGGGAAAUGGCCUGAACUUCGUGUUGGGAUUUUGCCACGGUGAACUGGAAGGCUUCGAUGGCGCGCUCUUGUGGCUGUUGUGGUGGACCAUGGUGACUCGUAGUGGCGCUUUAGCCAUCGUUUUGUUCAUCACCCUCACGACAAGGUUUGUCACGUUGCCACCGCCAGGAAGCCACAACGCCUCACGGGUGAAACUGGCUGGGUCAAUCGAGAAGGAUCGAUUUGUGCAGAUGUGUGCGCUGAGCUAUGCUUUAGCCUGCCAUCUGCGGGCGAUCGCCUGGGUAGCAGCGCAUGAGGAGCUCGCUGUCCGACAUCCAGGUGAGGUAGCUGCUGCCCUGAAGUCUCAUCAACUUGCAGGGAUGGAGAUCCCCUGUGAUGCGCCAGCCGAACUUUGUGAGGCCGUCAGGCAGGCUGCAUCUUCCAGUGCCAGAACAGGACAGCGUCCCAGCGAUUCCUCAUCUUGCGCCACGUUGAUGGCAGCGGAGCUGGGGCGUUUCUGGCACCUUCUGGUGGCCAAAAGCGACCCUUCCGGGGCCUGGAAGCACUUGACGUGCGCCCUGCAGCAGUUCCAUCGAUGUCACUGGCAGCAGCCCAGCUGGCGGGGAGCCAACCUGGGAGGGUGGUUUCUGCUGGAACCCGGUCCAGCUUCGCCGUUCUUUGACACCUGCCAUGGGAAGAUUCAAGAGAUCCGUUUGGGGCCCGAUGCGCCUGAGGCCCCGAAGCUGGAAAAACGGGAGAAUCCUCCUGGAAUGGACGAUGAGCACAGCCUAUGCCAAGCCCUGCAACUGGCUGGGGGUGCGGAUUUGCAGCGGCAAAUGUUUGAAGAGCACCGGGCUUCGCACUACACAGCCGAGACCAUGCGACGGAUCGUGGAAACCGGGCUCAAUGCGGUGCGAUUGCCCGUGGGACACUGGGUGCUGCAAGAGCCAGCUCAAGGAGAAGCCUUUCAGGGGCCCUGUUGCGAGGCCCUAGACGCUGCCGUGGAUCAGAUCGCUGAGAGCGGGCUGCAGUUGCUGCUGGACCUGCAUGGCGCCCCGGGCGGCGAAAACGGCGAACGGCCCUGCGGCCGCACGGAUCCCAGCUGGACCUGGGAGAAAUGGCGCAGCGAUGAGGCAGUGAGUAUUUUAGGGCGCCUGGCGGCUCGCUACUGCGGCAAGGACUGCAUCACCGGCAUUCAGGUCUGCAACGAACCGGCUGAGAGCAUCCCUGUGACGAGGCUUUGCGACUUCUACGAGCAGGCCAUUGAGGUGAUCCGCGGCAACGGCAUGGGGCCAGAGAAAGUGGCCAUCGUGUUACCAAUUUUCACCCAUUGGCGUGUGCCGGAAGUGGUGCAAACAUGGAGGGAACGUGGAAACUUCUUGAAGUACGACAAUGUGGUGUUCGACAUACAUUAUUACCACAACUUUUCCAAGAUUUGGAACCUGCUCUCACACCAGCAGCAUGUGGAUGUGGUCCGUAGCCAUGCCCUGGAGCUCAAGUCCAUUCCGGGCGCCGUGGUGGGAGAGUGGAGCAUCUCAAGGCCCGGUCAGUUUACGGACGAAGAUCAAGCAGAUUUCGCUUUGAAGCAGGUGCUGGCCUACAACCACGCCAGUCAUGGCUGGUUCUUUUGGAAUUGGCAUGACCACGACUUCUAUCCCGAUUGGGAUUUGGAACGUGGGGUCUUCCAAAAAGGCAAGUUGCCCAAUCCCCUGGGAGCACCAGAACUGCAGGGCUUUUUACAUCCAGAAUGGGAGGAUCGAACAGGCGAGCUGCCAAGCCAGGUGUCGGGCAUGUGGCCGAAGCUGAUGGGUCCAGUGACCAGACCCUUGGCACAGGCCAAGAUCGGAAUUUUCAGUGACAACUCAACCCAUGGCCGACCCAUUCGUCAGGCAGAACGCGAGCUAAUGUUUCCAGCCUUGGCGCGGAAGUUCUCGGAGUGCAAGUCCGCCUUGCAGCCGGGGCAGAUGGCGGGUGACCUCGGUGCGGGACUCGGGACCGCUGUGAGUUCAGUGAGCGACGACGAGCGCGGAAGGCCAGCCUUAGAGAUGCAAGGACUCUACCGAGUGAUUGAUGUGUGCAGUGGACUAGGUGAGAUGCCCCAUGUAUCCCCUCCCACCCUCUUUCAGGCCAAGCCCCUUCCACGCUUAGGGUGUGGGGGCCCCUCCCAGUGCAAUGAUGUGGAAAAGGAACAUGAAGAAGGUGCCAAAGACGCACCAAGCAGCCCAGCAGUCAAAGCAAGAAGGCACACAGGUGAGAGUCAGCCCAGGCGCGACCCUUCAACCACUGAGCCGAGAAAAAUGCCAGACGAGCCAAUUCUUGCAGCAGCAACGUCAGCCAGCAGCCCAGGCGAUGACACCCAUGUCCCUCCCACCCGCUUUCAUGCCAUGCCCCUUCCACGUUUAGGGUGUGGGGGCCCCUCCCAAAAUAAGAAUGUAGAGAGUACAGUGGAGAGUGAAAACACAGGAGACAUGCCUUUGACCCAAAGCAGUGACCAUGGACCGCCAUGCCAGCAUGAUCCGUAUGAAGAAGCCGAGUCUGAUGUUUCUGAAGCCGUGCAUCCGAUUGCAAGCCGACCGGACAUCAACCUGAUGUCAAAUGUGAAAGCAGCCGAUCAUGAUGGAACACGAGAACGAUCAGACACCGCUCACCAUGUAGACUUUUAUGAUGACGCAGUUUUUGACAACAUGGUGAAAAAUCAAUUGGACAUGCAUGACCUUGCAUCCAAUCAGCCUUUUUUUCAAGUAGGGGCAGUACCAGGGUUUGCAGCCAAACGAAAGAUUGGGGUAGCAGAUCAGCCAGCCAAACAGCAGAAGUGUGCAGGUGAUCAACACUAUGAGCCUUUCAGUUCGCCAAGCCAGAAAGCCACUGAUGAUGCUAGCUCCAUGUCAGACCAGCCACAUACCUCCAUCAAGGAGGACCCAGUGCCAGUCGAACUGAUCACAGUCAAGGUUGUCACACCAGGUGAAGGUUUCUUUUCCGUCCAGAUGACAAAAGGCACAACAGCAGCCCAGCUGAUCACAGCCACGAAUCAGCAGCUCAAUGAAGAGAAGUAUCAAUCAGUCACGACCUUGAUGGGAAGUACUGUUGCAGAUGAAUUUCCACUUGAACAUAACUCAUGGUACCAUAUGGAAACCCAAACACCACAGCAGAAUGAGCAAACAAAAGCCACACAUGUCAUGCAUGGAAAACCGCCGAAACUUGCAGGUGAUGUGCGUGCCGUUCUUUUGUGGGACCAAAAAGGGUGGGUAGCCAAUGAUGAAAUGGAGUACUACAUGUACAUGUUGGAAUGUUACAGACCAAGCACAGCCAAUGGCAUGUUGGAACUGCAGGACAAAACAGACAGCCACAUUGAGCUCACGUCGUUUCUCCUUCGAACCAUCAAUGAUGCAGGAAAAGCACAUGAAGUCAUCCAUGCACCACUGAUGUUGGGAGGAAUGUUGUCAACCAAAGACCAACUUCAGACCCUCAUUGUAGAACAUGGAGUAGCGAUGCCUCGAAGCAAGGAGUGUGCCGAUCAGCUGUUUCAAGCGCUUGGCAGUUCAGCCAUCCAGCAGAUUUUGCAGUCGCCGAAGCCAUGGGCUGAUUUGAAAGCACGUGCAAGUCUUCAAAAGCCACCAAUACGGAUUGUACUGGCAGACGAACUUAGUUCCAUGUUGAAAGUCAAAGCCCAAUCAACAGCACCAAUCGGGAAGAAAACCAACAAGACCAAGCAAAAGAAUGGGAAGAAAGCACCUUUGCAAUUGCAUGCAGACCAAUUGGCCGUGCCGCAUGCAGUGUUCAAACAGACCGAUGGAACAGAGAUCAGCCAGAUCCCAACAGCAGCAAUAGCACCCGGCAGCCAAGGGGUGGUGCUUACCAACAUAACUGAAGCUUUGCCAUACUUCAGCUUGAAUGAACCAGUCAGCCACCAAGGGGUCGCUUUGUUGAUUUUGGAGUUUGAUGACCUGCGACUCCCACCAAAUCACCAGGUCUUGAAAGUCCCAGUCCAAUGCAGAGAGACGAAAGAUCCCCUCAUCCUGAAGGUCGCACUUGUCCAAUUGGGUCAGCAACAAGUGGUUCGUAACUUGCCAACACAAACCAUUGAAGUACCCGAAGUACCCAACAAAGUAGUGAGGAUCGUAGUCUACAAAGACCAGUUUGGGGGAACGUGGGAUGAGUUCAUCAAAAGCCCAGUUCGAUACUUGAUGCAGCAGGAGCCGUUCCGAAGCAUGCAACAGCAGGAAGUGAUCGACGUUUGGGACCGACAGUACAUGACGGCACGAAUGACUAAGGUCUCGCCAGAUGAUGCAGCCAUGUUUAGUGUUAACAUGAGACUCAGCCAGACAGUUGUUGACCAGGUCUUCCAAGCCAAUGGAGUGCAAGGAACAUAUGUAGAGCCAAGAACAGCCGACGGAAGAAACCCAGAUGAGCAGUAUAAGGUAGUCUGGCUGCCAAAGAAAACGUUUGGAGAAGCACAGGUGAGCCAAAAGACAUCCAAAGUGCCUACCACCUUGGUCCGUCAAGCAGACCGCUAUGGGCUGAGAGUGACAAGCGAAGAGGCAGAAGCAUUGCACCAGAUCCACCGUCCAGAUUUGGUUUUCAUCCCAGGCUCUGAACUGACCAAAUACCGGGUGGGACCUAUGCCAUUCGGUUCAACCAAACAGUCUUUGGUUCAUGUCUUCAACAAAUGGCAGUGGAAAGCCAGGCCUUUAGCCCCGCAAGGGCAAGCAAAAGACCGGUCAGGAGUCAUGUGGUUGGUCCAAGCAGCUGAACCGCCGUCUCACUGGAUAUUUCAGCUGUCGCAUGGAGACAUACUCAUAUCCCCUGAAGAAAAAGGGAUUCCCAACCAAGAUCCACCGCAGGCAGUUUUGGCAUCGUCCAAGACACUUCAAGCAUUGCAAGCAGCCACACCAGCAAGCUCAGGUGAUGACCCUUGGAUCCACUAUGACCCUUGGACCAAAACCCCUGCAAGGGAAAUGCCAACGAGCCAGAUCGUAUCUAUGGAAAGCAGAAUCGAGCAGAAUGUCAUCACCAAGCUCAAGAAGGUGGAUGCUGAUAUGCCGCAGUCUUCAGAAGACAAGGUCAAUGCACUUGAAGCCAGACUGGAUCAGCUUAGCCAGACAGUCGCAACGAACCAACAAGAGGCAGCAAAGCAGCACCAGGUUGUCCAGAAUCAGCUUCGCAGCUUGGAUCAAAAGGCCAUAGCCAAGGCCUGCGGUUCAUUGGAGGCGACUUCAAUCAGCCAGAUGGAGUUUUGCCAAACAUGGAAAGAUGGCUUGAUGCAGGAGGCCAAACAAAGGCGCAAAGAUGACCCAGCUGUCAUCUUUCAGGACUUGCGAGAUGAAAAACCAAUGCCAGGGAGAUCCAUAGAAGUGAUUGAAGCAGAGGAAUCAAAAAUAUGGAUCACAUCCACUGAUGGCCUCGAAACAGGUAUGACUGUAGAACAAGAGAACUACGUAGGUAGGCUCACUGACCUGUUUGCAAAGUUCGGGCAAGAAUGGAGUGCUAGGUGGGACCGCCACCUCAAUGUUGAUUCCCAACGAUGGGAUCCCCUGGUGCAGUUCGCCGAGUUGGCAUUACCAAAAAUACCAGCCAUGGAAUACCAACCAAUUAGCAAAGAAAUGUGGUAUCAUGCCCUCAAAAGUAAAAAGAAAAAAGCAGCAACAGGACCGGAUGGGGUCAGCAGACAGGACCUCUUGCACCUUCCGGAAGCAGCCACUGAGGCCAUUUUACAAAUGCUAGCCGGCAUCGAACAAGGUAAUGAAUGGCCCAGACAGUUGGUAGUAGGAGUAGUGGCAGCCCUUGCCAAAAUUCCCACAGCCACCACGACCAAUCAUUUCCGACCAAUAACAAUACUUCCAGUGGCUUUCCGCACAUGGAGCUCAAUCAGGGCGAGACAAAUCUUACAGCAUUUGCAAAAAGUCACACCGCCAACUUGUGCAGGCAGUGUGCCAGGCAAACAAGCAGCCGAUGUCUGGUAUAAUGUCAUGGUUCAAGUGGAAACAGCCCAGUGUUCGCAAACAACAUUGGCAGGUGGGGUAGUUGACUUGGAAAAAGCCUCCAACAUGUUGCUGAGAAUGCCAGUACUGGAAUUCCUGCGCAUAUUGGGAGUACCGCCACAAAUACUCCUGGCCUGGUCAAAAGCAUUAGUUGCCUUGGAACGGAGAUUCACCAUCCACCAAUGCAUGGGGCCACCACUGAAAUCCACCAGCGGAUUUGCAGAAGGUUGUAGCUUGUCAGUCACCAGCAUGUUAGCAGCCAACAUAGUGGUACAUCAGUACAUGUUGCGACGGUACCCCCAAGUUAUGUUGUGGACUUUUGUAGACAAUUGGGAAGUGACAGGACCAGAUGCGAAUUCCAUCCUGGAUGCCAUUGAUGGCCUACAUGCAGUGCAGAUGCAGGACAACGAAUACCAGGUAUGUUUAGCAGCGAAAGACUUGGGGGGGCAUGUUCAAUACAGCCAGGUGGUCACAAACAGCACCAUCGCAAAUCGAUGCUUGCAGAUCAAACGAUUGUGGGGGCGGCUGUCGCGCUCGCUGGCAACAUACCGCCAAAAAGUGUUGGCACUGAGGUCAAAAGCAUGGGCAUCCUGUCUACAUGGCGUAGCUUCCGUCCACUUAGGAGAAGAACAUUUCCAGAAGCUGAGAACAGGAGCAGUCCAAGGGUUGGGGGAGCAUAGCCCAGGUACAUCACCACCGGUGCACCUAAGCCUAGUCGAAAACCCAACUUGUGACCCUCAGUUUUAUGCACUCACAGCCACAGUUAACAUGUUCCGUUCCACAUGCCCGAAUGUUGACCUUGCAGAAUUUGUGCUGGCCGACCUGCACAUGCCAAAGAAAACAGUGGUGCCGAGACCAGGCCCCAUAUCAGUGAUGCUUGCCAGGUUGCACCAACUCGCAUGGAAUUGGUACAAGGGAACGUUGUUGCGAGCCAGUUUGAAUGGAACCUUCUUCACUGCAGAUCGACAAAAGCAUCAUGUUAAGAAUCAGGACAACCCAGAUGCAGGCCGAUGCAAGUUUUGCUCAGCAGUUGACUCACAGAGUCAUCGCCAGUUGGAAUGCCCACACUUUGCACCAGUCAGACGUCUCACACCAGCCCAGCUAGAGACAGUUAAGCAACUCCCGCAAAGCAUAGCAGCGCACGGGUGGAUGCCCGAACCUCCCAGUUCAUUACCGUUUCAGCAGGCGUGUCUUGAAGUUGAAGACCAGCAUGCUGUUUUCACAUGCCCACCACAGGUUCCCGAAGUUCUAGAUUGCUUUACAGAUGGGGGAUGCCUUUCCCCGGCUAGCAUGUUAGGAAGGUUGGCCUCAUGGGCAGUUGUCCUUGGGGAUGUCAUCAACGAUCAGUACUGGCCAUUAGCAAGUGGACUGGUACCGGGGUGGACGCAGACAGCCUUAAGGGGUGAAAUCUGGGCAGUGGUGAGCGCAAUGACUUUUGCUUUGCAGCAACAAAAGAGUUUGCGAAUCUGGUGUGAUAAUCAUACAGUUGUGACCAAGAUCAAAGCCUUUCAGAGUAAGCGAGUUCGAAUCAAGCCGACUUCCACCAACGGUGAUUUAUGGCGAAGAGUUCAGCAGCUUACUUUCCAGUUAGGUGAUCAACUUCAAAUCAUCAAGGUGAGCAGCCACCAGGACAUCACCAAAGCAGCAGAUGAAGCAGAGGCGUGGAUCUUUAAAGGGAAUGAAGCAGCAGACCAGCUAGCACAAGCAACUUUUCACACCAAUGUGAAGGAGUACCAGUUGUGGAGCAAACUUCAAGCAGACAUAGAGGCAAUUCACGUGAUGAGAAACCAGUUACAUGCAACCAUAGUGGCUGUUGCAAAAGAAGCCAUCCGAUGUGGCCCUCAACGAGAACAGCAAGAAGACAAACAGCACCCAAGCCGUAUUCAAGCUGACCAAGUUGAGGAGGUUGAUUUUUCCAGUUUCAACGAAGUUGAAAUACCGAUCAACUAUGACUGCAGCGAAGGACACAAAAUAGCCGCGUGGUUGCACAACAUAUGUGACAAAGGUGAACCAAUCCAAGCCAUCUCAUGGUUUCAGCUUAAUGUGCUUUUUGAGUAUGAGACCAACUCCCAAGGAGUCAGGUACAACAAAAGUCGAAAGAAGUGGGAAAAUCUCAGUGCCAGUCUGAAAUCACAGGACUUCGUUGCCAGGACCAAAAGUUUUAGUAAGUGGACGCAAGGACUUUCAGCAGCAACGUUAAAACAAAUCACUCCACUGCAUUUGCGACCGGAGAGCGAAGUGCUAGGUUUUUGGACGAUGUGCGUACCGAUACGCAUGAAACAGUCACUGCGACAGUAUGCCGACACAAUCCUCAAGACCUCAUCUCCACGUUUGGCCACAGUGCGUAGUUUACGGUGCUUGUGA